GCAACAAUGACUGAUCACUAUGGAACCACAGGAACUCUCUCCCUGAAGUGGGACCCCAAGAACUUGGAGAUCCGCACCAUGAGUGUGGAGCGAACUCUGGAGCCGCUAGUGCUGCAGGUGACAACCCUGGUCAACAGCAAGGAUAAGGCUGCCAAGAAGAAAAGACCGGGUAAAUCGAAGCGUGCGAGUGCCCUCGUUGCGACCGUCGAGAGAGCCACGGAAAUCUUCAUCGAGCGAGGACAGACCAUCGCUUAUGAGAACCCCGAGAUCACUCAAGAGAUGUUGACUGCUGUGGAGGAAGUUAGGAAGGCUGGAGCGGCCAUGUCGUUGGCAGCCCGCGAGUUCUCCGAGGAGCCGUGCGCGUCGUCUGUCCGCUCCGCUAUGGUGCGAGCAGCCAGGAGCCUGCUGUCAGCCGUCACCAGGCUGCUGAUCCUCGCAGACAUGGUGGACGUGCAUCUCCUGCUCUCCAAGCAACGUAUGGUUGAGAAAGAUCUGGACAAGCUGAAGUCGGCGUCGUCCCAGUCUGAGCUGAUCGAGAGCGCGCGGCAGUUCUCGCGAUCGGCCGCGGAGUUGGCGGCUCAGGCGGCCAAGAGGCAGCGCGAGCUGAAGGAGCCGCGCAUGAAGGACGAGCUGGCGGCCGCGCGCGCCGUGCUCAAGAAGAACUCCACCAUGCUGCUCACGGCCUCCAAGGUGUACGUGCGUCACCCCGAGCUGGCUGCUGCUAAGGCUAACCGGGACUACGUGCUGCGAGCGGUGUGCAGCGCUGUCGACACCAUCUCCGCCGUGGCGCAGGGGGCGCCGCUGCCACCUUCUGAUGCAGGUACUGGACCCGGUGAACUGGCACAAGCGCUGGAUGAUUUUGACGAACGAAUGGUGAUGGAGCCUCUGGCGUACUCCGAGCUGAGAACACGACCCUCCCUGGAGGAGAGGCUGGAGUCAAUCAUAUCUGGUGCCGCGCUCAUGGCUGAUAGCUCUUGUACCAGGGACGAGCGUCGUGAGCGAAUCGUAGCGGAGUGUAACGCAGUGCGACAGGCGCUGCAGGACUUGCUUCACGAGUACUGCAGCAACGCCGGUCGCGCUGACCAGUCCGAGGGUCUGGAGCGAGCGCUGGAGCACAUGUGUCGCAAGACCAGGGACCUGCGCCGCCAGCUGCGGAAGGCGGUCGUCGACCACGUCUCUGACAGUUUCCUGGAGACAAACGUGCCGCUGUUGGUGCUGAUGGAGGCGGCGCGGAGCGGCAACGAGAAGGAGGUGGAGGAGUACGCCGUGCUGUUCACAGAGCACGCCAACAAGCUGCUCGAGGUCGCAAACCUGGUAUGUUCGAUGUCGAACAAUGAGGACGGUGUUAAGAUGGUGCGUCAUGCUGCUUCGCAGAUCGAGGCUCUCUGUCCCCAGGUAAUGAACGCGUGCCGCGUGCUGGCGGCGCGGUGUCGCUCGCGCGUGGCGCAGGAGAACGCGUCGGCGUUUGGGCGUGCGUGGGAGGCGGCCGUGCGCCUGCUGACGGACGCCGUGGACGACCUCACCACCAUCGACGACUUCCUCGCGGUCAGCGAGAACCACAUCCUGGAGGACGUCAACAAGUGUGUAGUCGCGCUGCAGGAGGGAGACCCGGACUCCCUGGAGCGGACGGCGGGAGCGAUACGCUCCAGAGCAGCCAGGGUUUGCUCGGUGGUGUCCCAGGAGAUGGACAACUAUGAACCCUGCAUUUACACCAAGCGAGUGCUGGAGGCUGUCACCGUGCUGCGAGAUCAAGUGAUGUCCAAGUUCGCAGUCCGAGUGGAUGCUGCGGUGUCUGCUUUGGGAGCUGGUGGCAACGCCGGGUUGGAUGAGAACGACUUCAUCGACGCGUCUCGACUGGUCUACGAUGCUGUGAGGGAAAUCAGACGAGCUGUUCUCAUGAACAGGACCAGUGACGACCUGGAUACCGACACGGAGUUCGAACCCGUCGAGGACAUGACGAUGGAAACCAGGAGUCGAUCAAGCGCUCACACCGGCGAACAUGGCGUUGACGAGUAUCCCGACAUUAGUGGCAUCACCAACGCCAGGGAAGCCAUGCGCAAGAUGACCGAGGAGGACAAACGCAAGAUCCUGCAGCAAGUGGAGCUGUUCCGGCGCGAGAAGAUGACCUUCGACAACGAGGUGGCCAAGUGGGACGACGCCGGUAAUGACAUCAUCAUGCUCGCCAAGCACAUGUGCAUGAUCAUGUUGGAGAUGACGGACUUCACGCGCGGGCGUGGUCCUCUGAAGACGACCAUGGAUGUCAUCAACGCCGCGAAGAAGAUCUCCGAAGCUGGCACCAAGUUGGACAAGCUCACCAGGGAGAUAGCCGAACAGUGUCCGGAGUCGUCCACGAAGCAGGACCUGCUGGCAUAUCUCCAGCGCAUCGCUCUGUACUGCCACCAGAUCCAGAUCACCAGCAAAGUGAAGGCCGACGUCCAGAACAUCUCUGGGGAGCUCAUCGUGAGCGGGUUGGACAGCGCGACCUCCUUGAUCCAGGCAGCCAAGAACCUGAUGAACGCCGUGGUUCUCACCGUGAAGGCGUCCUACGUGGCAUCUACCAAGUACACGCGACAGGGAACCAUCGCUUCGCCGAUAGUGGUGUGGAGGAUGAAGGCGCCCGAGAAGAAGCCGCUCAUCCGGCCCGAGAAGCCGGAGGAAGUCCGCGCCAAGGUCCGGCGCGGCAGUCAGAAGAAACAGCCCAGCCCCGUACACGCGCUCGCCGAGUUCCAGAGCCCCGCGGACACUGUCUAGAGUGAGUAGCAUCGCCCUCAAACAUGCACAAACAUGCACUUAUUGCAUCGAUAUAAUAACCCUAGGUACACUAUUUCAUAAUUCCAUUGAUAUAAUAACCCAAGAUACACAAAUUCAUACAAAAGUUAUAGUUUAAAGUGUGCUCAACAGUUUGGGUAUCCCAGAACGUAACUUACUUAAAGGAUAUUAAAUUUAAGGCACAUUUAACGAUGAUAUUCACUUAUUUUUCUUUCAAAACACCAUUUUGGCUUCUUGAGAGGCCGCAACAGCAUUAAAACCUACCAACAAUUCAAAACACUAGUCACAAUGCCGAAUAAUUUGACUCGGCAAAUAUUAUAAUUUUUUUAAUAAAUUAGUUGGUACUCAAGUACUACUCUGUGUA